ACGUACAAAUCCAAUUCAAACAAUGGGUAGUUGCAAUAUUGAUGAGACAAAGGUGCCAGUGAUAGACUUUGAAGACUUUCCAGUACAAUCUCAGAAGCUCAUAGAGGCAUGUGAGGAGUGGGGCUGCGCAAGAAUUGUGAACUGCCACAGCAUUCUGCCAGCUUCACUCAUGUCAGAAAUGAAACAAGUGGUGAGGUCACUGUUUGAUCUUCCACAGGAGAUCAAGGAGAGGAAUAAGCACAUUCUUCCCAUAAGUGGCUAUGCUCCUCUCAAUGUGAUAAACCCUUUUUAUGAAUCCAUGGGGAUGUAUGAUAUGUCCUCUCCUCAAGAUGUUGAAACCUUCUGUAGUCAACUUGAUGCCUCGCCUUCCCAAAGGGGAUUCGAACCAGGGACAAGGGGUGAAACAACAGAGCAGCAUACCAACUUGACUACUUUCUUGAUGUGUAAAACCAUAACUCGAAAUAGACAUAAUGAUAAAGUACACAAAAGCUGCACAUGAAGUAAUUAUGGAGAUUGGGAGAAAAUUUGGAGAAGGGCUAAGUUUGACCAAAGGAGAUGUGUUUGAAGGAUGGGCUUCCCAGCUCAGAAUCAUAAAGUACCAUUUCAGGCCAGAGAAUAUGGGGUCAACCGGACUAGCAACCCACACCGACGCCGCAGUGCUUACCCUUCUGCAUGACGACGAUUGUGUGGGUGGACUACAAGUCAUAACCAAAUCAGGAGAACUUGUGGCCGUUGAUCCCUUGCCUGGGAGCGUCUUACUCAUCAUCGGAGAUGCGGCUGUUAUUUGGAGCAAUGGGAAAUUUCACAAUGCAAAGCAUAGGGUGAUCUGCAAGGACACGGACGCAGCUGAUCGGUUCACUAUAGCUUCAUUCCUCCUGGGUCCAAAAGAGGCAGCAAUCGAAGCGCCACCGGAGCUUCUCGGGCCUGAUCGGAAACGACUCUACGUUCCCGCCACAUUCCAUGAAUUAAGGAAGAUCCGUGUGCAUAACAAUCUGCAUAAUGGUGAAGUUCUUGAUCUUGUGCGUGCUAAACCAUAAUACUACUUCUAGCUGGUGGUGGACCUUAAUGGCAUGCCCUGUCUGUCUUUCCAGUACACAUUCAUGGGCCUGGUGUUGAAUUUUUGCAAGAACAUUAGGAGACAGCUUUUUCUGAUAUGACUACUUAUCCC